GUCAUGUUUAUUACGAAUUAUGACGAUUUUUCAUAUCCUGAGAUUUUUUUAAAAAAAAAUACAUCCAGUGUUUAUGUUGCAAAUCAAACCUUUUUCGAUAUACACAACUACAUAAUCAUUCAUAAAUUAGUCACUCAACUAAAGAGAAUCGACCUAUGUCUAAAAUCAAAUUAAGUUAAAAUAAAUUAGUUUGCUACCAAUCGGCUAUUUUAGAAAAAAAAAACACAAAGUAUGCCUAAAGUAAUUGCAUUAGCAUUUUUUUUCUCUAGUUCUAUCAAAUUAACCAAAAUCAAACCACCAUCUCCCAUAAAUAUACGCAAUUCACCUAUUAACUACAAAUCGACAAGUUAAAUUGGAUUAUGAUGAAUAACUUUAUAACAUUAAAACUAUUGUCGUAUAAUUAAAGUGUGUCGCUUAUAAUUAUUAGAGCGGUGUCGAAAGUUCCAAAUUAAAAAAUUUUGUACCGAAAAAAUAGAGGUCAUUCACAAAAUUUCCGGACGGUGGACCCCCUCCCUUUGCCCUAAGUCCGCCCUGAUAUACACUGUCUCCAAUUCUGUUGGAAGUCAUUAGAUUCCAGCUCACCACAGCUGGCUAUCACAUAUAUGACGUAUGUCACCCAUACUGCUCCAGCACACCCAUGCUAUGUCCUUAAUUUCUAUAUAAAUAGAAUAUGGAACUUUUGUAUCAGAUUUAAGCCUUCAAUCAGUUAUCAAAUAAAUCAAUUAUCAAAAGUUGCUUCACCAAAUUUAACAAAUUCAAUAUAUAGUCGAAUACCAACAUAGAAUAUAUUCCGUCUCUAGCCCAAUAAUACAACCAAAAUUCGCUCGCUUCAAUUGACCAACUACGUACUUCCAGAUUACACUAUUUGCGAGGAAAGUUGAACCGCAUGCAGUGAGUCUAGGCACUCACAUCAGCAGGCCCAUACAACGCCAUACAUAUAUUUAUAUAUAUAUAUAUAUACAUGCAACUUGCAAAGUCUUGUUGUAAACGGAAUAAUGGUUCAUUUCAUGGGUAUGGUUACCGAUCAGUACUGGAUUCUGUUCUUGUUCUACUACUGCAGCGUCUUGUCGGCCACGAUCUCGUCGACUAUCUCCGGCGAUUGCACCGCCGCCGGAGAGAUAAGGAAUGGGCAGCCGGCGAAGGAUUUGAGUCGAAGCAGCUUUCCCGGUGGCUUUGUAUUUGGAGCUGGCACUGCUGCUUACCAGUCUGAAGGAGCAGCAUUAUUUUCUACGUACGGGAAGGGACCAAAUGUGUGGGAUAAAUUUGUUACAGAACAUCCAGAGAAGAUAAUGAAUGGUAGUACUGGAGACAUAGCCGACGAUUUCUACCACAGAUUCAAGGAGGACAUUCAACUGAUGAAGACCAUUGGUUUGGACUCCUUCAGAUUUUCCAUCUCCUGGACCCGAAUCUUCCCAAACGGCAAGCUCACCGGAGGAGUGAACCAACUUGGCGUCAAGUUCUACAACGACCUUAUCAACGAACUUCUCUCCAACGGUAUAAAACCAUUUGUCACGCUCCUCCACUUCGACCCACCCCAAGCUCUGGAGGAUGAAUACGGUGGCCCUCUAAGCCCUAGAUUCGUGGACGAUUUCGUGGCAUACGCGGACUUCUGCUUCGAGACAUUCGGAGACAGGGUGAAGAAAUGGGUGACCAUCAACGAGCCGAACAUGUACGCCAUGCGAGCGUACGACUUCGGCUCGUUCGCACCCGGCCGGUGCUCCCAAUGGAUGGGGACCACCACCGGCUGCGCCGUCCCCUGCGGCGACUCGUCCAUCGAGCCGUACGUGGCGGGCCACCACUUCCUGCUGAGCCACGCAAAGAUUGUGAAACUGUACCGGAAGAAAUACAAGCAGAAACAAAAGGGAGAGAUCGGGAUCACGACGACCACCCAUUGGUUCGAACCCAAGUACCGCACCCUGCCCUCGAGCCAAAUGGCGGCUCGGAGGGCACUGGACUUCAUGUUCGGGUGGUUCGCCCACCCGAUCGCGAACGGGGAGUACCCCGAGAGCAUGCGGUCCCUCGUGGGGGACCGGCUCCCGAGGUUCACUGAGGAACAAGCUGACAUGGUGAAAGGGUCCAUUGAUUUCUUGGGGGUGAAUUACUACACCAUGUAUUAUGCCGAGGACGCGCCCCCGACGACUCGAAUUUUCGCGGCGACCAAUCCUAGCUAUUCUACGGAUAGUCGUGCCAUUCAAUCCACUGAAAAGGACGGCGUCCCAAUAGGCACUCCGACUGCUGUAGAUUGGCUGUUCAUAUGUCCAAAGGGAUUCAAGAAGCUUUUGCUCCAUAUCAAGAACAAGUACAAUAAUCUACCGGUUUAUAUCACUGAGAAUGGAAUGGCUGACCAAAGCUCAUUGUCGUUGGAAAUGGCGCUCAAUGAUACUCUCAGAAUAAAGUACCACAAUGACCAUCUUCAAUCUUUGUUGAGUGCGGUUAAGGGCGGGGCCAACGUAAAGGGUUACUACAUGUGGUGCUUCUUUGAUGACUUCGAGUGGAAUGGCGGUUACACGGUGCGUUUUGGGAUGACUUACGUGGAUUUUAACGACAAUUUGAAGAGGUAUCUCAAGGCUUCCGCGUACUGGUUCAAAAACUUCCUUUGCCCCGCCACGCCACCAUCAACUCUCCAAAGUGAAAUGUAGUAGCUAGCUAGUGAAAAACUAUGACUUGUCAAUUUUGAGGAAGAAUAAUGUGUGAUCUUCUGAGCCCGGGAAUCCAUUUCGUACCGACUCGGAUCGAAUUGAGAUAUGAUCGGAUAAAAAAAUAUAAGAAAAAUGAAAAACCAGAAUCAAAUCCAGCAUGUUUGGUUCAUUUGUUUUGAUUGCUUCGGUUAAAAUUCAAUAUCGCUUUAUUUAUAUAUUUACUUAAGCAAGUGGAUAUUUUGAUUGAUGAUUUCGUUGAACAUUCCACUUGGCCUAUAAGUUUAUAACCACCAAACCAAAGACCAGUGAACGCUAUUUCCUGUUACGACUUUUCUUAUACUAUUAUAUUCCAGCAACUGCAUGCUUUUACUUAACAGCGCAACCACACUGCCCAAUUCCCUAAUUGAGGUGGAAUCUAUAAAAAUAAUAUAUUGUGUAAUAGGCUGGCAUAGACGCAUUAUUUCCACGUGUUAGUAUAGGGUGCUGCUGCAGCUUGCACUCAUAUUAACCUCAACAAUUGAACCCAACAAAAUAUGUUCUGUCGUCUUUUUGCCAUGUUAGUCUCGUAUACUAAGCGCGACGGUUCAAGAUAUAAGUAGAGUAUAAGAGUAUUAAGCCAUAUUUAAAUAGAAAAUUAGAUACAGAUUCAUAUCGGGUCGAAGAAGAUAGAAAGAAGUGGAAACAAGCACAUUUCAUUUGUUAUACUGUAGUUUUAGGUCAGAAGGAGGCUGGGCGCUGUAACUAGAGAGGUCACGCCUAAAUCUGCCACUGAUUCGAACCCUCAAAUCGAUUACUAGUUUCUCAUAAACUACAUGUAAUUUUAACUCUCUAUAGUCAAGUACUGAAAAUGGUUGAUGAACUUAUUUCAGAGGCUAAAGAUGAUGCAUUGGACUUUAUUUAAUUUUUAUGUGAAAAAUGAAAGGAGGAGAAACUGACAAAAGCCCAGGUACAUUGAAAAUGGUCUAGAAAGAUCCCAGCAGCUCAUGUGUCCAGGUGAACCAACUUGUAGAACCCAACCCUACCCACUCUCCCCAACAAACAGCCAACAGGAAGAGCAAAUAAAAAACCAAAGAAAAAGAUUUAGAGAGAGAAGAAAGAUUAGUAAUUACGAAAUUGUUUUAACUCCAUAUGUUGCAUUAGUAUUAGAGUGUACAUGGUUCGGUUGGUUUGGAUUUGAUUAUUUUAAUCACUCGACUCAUACAUUACAGUUUUGAAAAUACUAAAUUCAAACUCAUCCUAAAAAGUUUAGAACCCUGCGAUUUGUUUAUAAUUGAAUUUGAUCGGAUUGAAAACGACCAUCCCUCGUACUAUAGCAGCUAGUACCUCUCCUCGGUCCUUCUCAUAUAUACCUUUUCAACCCUUUCAUUCCCGCAACAAAAAAAAGUGACUCUUAACUUUUUUUUAUUUCUGAGUGAUAUCAAUGAAGGAAAAUAGUUAAACUUACAAUUCUACCCAAGACCCCUAAAAGACUCUAAAGAAGCCACCCCAAAAAAUCAAAAGAUUCUAG